AUAAGAUUUGCACUUGCAGUAAAAAUGGCAUUCGUCAACAUUGCCAUUUGGAAACCAGAACAAGUGGCAGAAUGGCUCAAAGGCCUAGACGAUGCCAUGCUGCCAUACUACCAUUUCUUCCUGAAUGAGUCCAUUGAUGGCAAGCAUCUGAUGUCACUGACCUAUGAUGACUUAGACAGAAUAGGCAUUACCAAGAUUGGUCACCAAGAGAUGAUUUUAGAGGCAACAAAUUUGUUGGCAUCUCUGCACUAUUCCUUGGAGUCAGAGCACCUGCAGUCACUGGCCCUCAAACUUGGAGGCAAGGCUAGACUGGUCCAUAAUCACUUGAGAAUGAACAUAUCAUUGAGGUCCUCAGUCAAUGGCAGUGUCCAUCCUGACUACCUCCCAACUGAUGUCCUCUCUGAUAUCUCUCAUGUUGUGACAACACUGAAAACUAUGGUGUCAUGGCUUGAUAGGCCCCCAUUUGAAGAUAGCAGUGAUGAUUACCUGUUAAUGAGAAAUGCCUUUGUGAAACUUGGCUUGGAGCUGACCCAAGCAGCCUAUGAUGACAGUGAUAUCCUGGAGAGUGAAGAGAAGAUUUUAACAGUGUGUCGAAUGAUCUCAGACAAAUGUGAUCAUUUUAUCCACACAUCUAAGGAUCCUCUUACUCUUCAGCCAUGCUCUCUAGAGCUGGCAACCAUCAGGAAGAAACCUGAGGAGGAACUGGGUAUGCAUAUCCAGUCGUCAUACCUUGGCACGCACCUGAUAGGAGGGGUAAAGGACCAGUCUCCAGCUGACAUCUGUGGAAAAAUUGAGGAAGGAGAUGAAGUCAUCAUGGUCAAUUAUCAGAUGGUGGUUGGCUGGCAGCUGAAGAAAUUGGUACAGAUUUUGAGAGAGAAACCAAGAGAAGUCAUUCUGAUGCUUAAGAAACGUCCCAGACAUGCUAAUAUCUUCGGCCAGCCAACUAAUCGUAGGCGGCGCUCUCCAAACAAGAAGCCAUCCACAUUUCCCAAACUUCAGAAGAAGAGGUCUAGGGAAGACAAGAAUGUGAGAACCCCACUACCACCAAACUUCCUACACUCUGAGCAGGAGCAGCUCUCUCCAAGAGAGGUAGAAGAUGACAAUGAUGUGUUUCGCAGUGGUUCAGAAUCACCCAAUUUUGCACAGUUAGAUGCCAAACAGCGACGUGCAACAGUGAGUGGAGGGUCUCCCACCAUCAAGCGACCUUCAUUAAAACUCCAUGAACUAAAAGAAGGUCGUCCACGAGGGAACACCAUAGCAUCCCCAGAGGCAGAGACCGUCUAUGAUCUGUCUGAGGCCAGGGAGCAGAGAGACAAGAAAAGAUUGACACCAACUAAGAGUUUUGCAUUUGGUGAACACCUGGAGGAUAUUCACGGCAUAGACAGCCCAUUUGGCUCCCCAGUCAUACAGCGCAAAGAGAAUCAACUCAAGGUACCUUCCAAGUCCUCGCCCAAGGUAAAGAGAUCCCAAGAGGCAGCAGCCAGGGAGGUAGCUGGAGGUAUGGAUAGCAGUGGAUCGCCUCAGCUACUCACCAUCAGGAAGCUUGAUUCAGUGAAGAGGGCAGAGGCAAAUAAGCCCAGUGGUAAUGGCAAUGUGGCUGUAGAGACUCCACCCCCUGCACCCACUGACAGUAUAGCGGGAGACCAGAGCAGCAGCUAUACUGUGAAGAUAGUGGGUGGUGUUCUCCAGAAGGUGCCUGCUGUACCCGGUGCUGCCAAAGCUGAUGAUGAGUCUCCUGUGGUUCGAAGAAGACCAAAGAAAUCCUCCGCAAAAUCCAGAAUUGGAGGCAGCAGACGUAGAAUCUCAUGCAAAGACUUGGGCCAGGGAGACUGCCAGGGCUGGUUAUAUAUGAUGAGAGAGAAAGGUUUAUUUCACACCAGUGCAUGGGACAAAGUGUGGUGUGUGCUCAAACAACAUUAUGUUUACAUAUACAAGUCACCAGAGGAUCUCACUGCAAAAGUGUUCUUAGCUCUACCUGGCUAUGAAGUUUCCCCUAUACUUGAUAAAAGGAGGACUAAAAAGCAUGCCUUUAAGGUCCGUAAUGCUGGCUCAAGUUUCUCCUUUGCUUCUGAUCGCCAGGAAGACAUGGUUAAAUGGAUGAAUAAAAUGGGCCUUGCUGCCAUUAAUUAUGAUGCCAGUAACAUUGUGACGACAGCAGGACAUGUUAAUCUGGGAGAAAAAGCAGUGGGUGUGGAAAAUCCAUAUUGUGAACUGAGUGAAAGUGAUGAGAGUGACUCAGAAGGAAGAGGACCUACACAGCAACCCCGCCUGAUCAAACAACCCGCUGUCCUUGAUGACCAGCUGAGCCUGAUAUCUGAGGAGGACAGUGUUCUCAGCUUGAGGCUGAAUAACAGUGAAAGACAACAUUCCAAAGAUAACACUUCUCUUGUGGUUGUUGAAGAUAAUGAAGAUGGUAUAGUAGUGGACACUUCAGAGGGUAGAGCCACAUUGAGGAAAAAAGCCAAAGCUGGACAUGAUGACUUUAAAACUAUGUGUAAAAGUAUCCACAAUGCAGAUGUAGAUCUGGUGGGGGCUAAUCUCAAAGAUCGACGCACCAGUGCCCUGCAUGUGCUCCACAGUAAUAAGAGACAGAGCACGGACAUGAUGCAGGCAAAGAAACUACAGGCAUUGAGCAGAACAUUAAAGGCCAAAGAAAGUGAACUGAAUGACAUUGAAGAAUUGUUAAGAUCAUCGUUAUCUCCUCACAAACUGUUACACUUCAAAGAACUCCAUCCAGAAGUUAGUAGGCAUACAGAAUCCAAGAAAAAAUAUGAGGAAACGGACAUUUAAAAGAAGUCCAAGUUCUAUACUGGAGAUCUAUUAGUGUAUACCAAGGCUUUAUAAUACAUUAACAUGUACAGUUUUAUCUGUAGUUCAAGUAGGAUAAAUGUGGAUUGUAGGAUGUAAAACAGUAGUUUAAAUAUCAGGACUUUUCAUACAAUGUUAUGAAUUGUUUAAGAAUCCAUUGAACUAUUUGUUCACUUUUCAUACAUUGUUAUUUUCUUGUGAUAUUGGACAUGUAUGUAUAUUAAACAUUUGAUAUACAUAUUCUGGAUAAGCGGCUCAAGGUUACUUUGAGGCAUCCAUGCCAGGUAGGCUUUAGACAGAACAGCGCAAAUUCUAUCCAUUUAUGAUUUUUUCAUUAAAUUGAAAUUGAUUUUAUUGAUAUUUUGUAGUAGAGAAAUGAAGAUGCUCUUUUUUGCAAGGGUAAAACGUUUCUAAAUUUAUUUAUUGUUAGUGAAGUAGCGAUUUGAUAGUGGAACCUUUCUAUCAGAUAUAUUGCUUUGUCUUAUCUAUCUAUGGUAAAUCUUAUUCAGGAAUAUAUGUUUUGAAUAUAUAUUAGAAGGCACAUCAGACAAAAAUUACUUUUAUUCAUGUACAGAACAUAGUCAGUAGUGGCUCAAACUGUACUUAAAAUUAUAUUUGAAUGCCAUGUAGUAAAAUUUUUAAGUACUACUUCUGUGAUAAAAGAUAUAUCCAUGUUCUGCAAAAAAAA